AUGGCGCCCACCGCAAAGAAGCAAAAGAAGAAGUGGUCCAAGGGCAAGGUCAAGGACAAGGCCCAGCACGCUGUCAUCCUCGACAAGACCACCUCUGACAAGCUCAACAAGGAUGUCCAGUCAUACCGCCUCGUCACCGUCGCUGUUCUCGUCGACCGCAUGAAGAUCAACGGCUCGCUCGCCCGCAAGUGCAUUGCCGACCUCGAGGAGAGGGGCAUCAUCCGUCCCAUCGUCACCCACAGCAAGAUGAAGAUUUACACCCGUGUCGGUGCUGCCUAA